AUGAUGUAUCGGAAGGAACGAAAAGCAUAUUUUUAUCCUUUCAUGGUACAGAGACGGAGAUUCGUGUGGUCGUCGGAACGCCGCAAUCAAACAGUUACUGUUAUUGACUCAUUAUUCGAUGAAAUUGUGGCUAAAAAUUACAUGAAUAUAAAAAUUAUACCAGUGCGUCCUGAUACAGGGCGUAAUUUACAGGAAUCUGGUGAUGGUGAUGAUCAGUCGACAGCGCGCAGCGACAAAAGUGUCGAUUCAGAACUGCAUGUCGACCAUUGUGGUGAAACAGUAGCGCAAAGCUGUAAAAGCGAGGGACCGACAAAGCGUAGCGAUUACAAUAGCAAAACAACAACGUAUGGAUAUUGUAGUGCGGGAACGGCAGCACGUGGCGAUUGUGCUGAUGGAACGGCAGCACGCGGAGGUUUUAGUACUGGAGCAGCAGUAUGUGAAUAUUGUAGCAUGGGACCGACAGCACUUGGUGACUGUACUGAUGGAUCAGCAACAACGCGUGGGCAUUCUACUAGGGAACCGGCAACGCGUGGUGCCUGUAAUGGUGGAAAAGCAGUGCGUGGAUUCUGCAGCAGGGAAGUGGCAGCGCGUGGCCAGUGUAAUGGAGGGACAGUAGCGCGUGGGCACCAUAAUAUGGAACCGGCAGCAUGUGGCUAUGACGAUAAGCAAUCAGCAGUGCUUGGAGGGAGUUUCAAGAGACCAGCACUCUCUGCCAGUAAUGGUAAAGGAUCUUUAAUGCAUGACUGCAGUGUCAAGGAGCCGAUAAGGCAUUGCUUUAGUAGUGGAGAACCACCAGCAAUACUUCGAAUUGAUCAUACGGAAUCGACACAAGUCGAGCGUCGUACGGUUCCCAGGAGUUUGCUGCUGGACACGGAAGAACUGGCAAGACGGUGGUUGUCACCGCCAGCAGUCGAAGAUAUCUCAACUGUGGAAUGCAGUGCAACUGGUGCGAAACAUUUCCCAUUAUACAUAGGUUCAACCAGUGCUCCUUCUCUUCCCCAUCUCGUUUCGACUCUUCUGCCCACCUGA